GGUUAUUACUAAAUGGCGUACUCAAUUAAAAUAUUAGGCUGCUUGACCCUUAUUUUGACAAUUAUUUCAGUCAGUGAACAAAGCGCUGCACAAUGCUCGUGGGUGUCUACUAUAUGCGAGGGCUACAGUGGUACUAUUUCUUGCCCAAGGAAUGCUAGAAACAAUAAGGAGUCCAAGAUUAGAAUCAUUAAGGCCAAUUAUGGACGAACAGACAGACAAACAUGUCAACAUGAAAAUAUCAGGGACACAAAUUGCCGCAAUUAUGAACGUUCGUUGAACGUUGUUCGUAGAAGAUGCGACAACAAAUCAACAUGUACAUUGCACGCUAACAAUGCCGAAUUUGGUGAUAAAUGCGUAGACACGUACAAAUAUUUAUUGGUUGAAUACAAGUGCGAACGAGAGAUAAAGUACUGUUCUUCUUAUAACUGUGCAAGUGGUCCUACUUGUGAAAAGUGUAUUCUUGACUAUGGGGAAAAUGGCAACGCUUAUAUUAAUAAACGUCACGCGUGUAUUGAAACCUGCUCUUGGCGAAGUAAUUUGUGUUAUCCUGGAAGGUGCCCUGGGAAUGUUGAGUCGUGUAAAUGUGAUGAUGGGUUUUCCGGUGUUCACUGCAGAAACAUUGGUGAUAAGUACCAACCAUUGUUCCCUUCCUGCGAAGCAUCCUUACGCCGCAUGGUUAAUGGAACAGAUAAAGACACAGUUCUUGGAAGCUGUUAUACGCCUGGGACUACAAUAUACACAAACAUACAAAGCCUUAAUCAUAUACAACUUAAAUGGAUAACAGUCUUCGAAUUGGGCAUAAACAACCUUACAGAUCCUCGCAAAUACAUACUUCCCAACACCAUCAAUUUUGGCAUAACGAAUUCUUCCGGAAUAGUUGAGCACAAAAGAGAAGAGUCGAUUUUGAAUUCCUUGGCAUUUACUUGUGAAACUAGAAUGAGUGCAAACUACUCAAGUAAAAUUACUUGUAAAUCUAAUGACUCAUUGACAUGGGAGUUCAAGCACAAUGAUAGAGUUGUUGGUACGGUAUAUUCAACAAAUGGUGGACGAUUUAUGUAUGAGAAUCCAGAGACGGAUGAGACAAGCAUGCAAUAUUACAAUGGGCAAACAAGUAAUAAGCAUGUAGUAUUUGUGUUUGACACAGAACCGCCAUAUCAUUGUUCUCACAUUGCUUCUUGUCAUAAGCCUGACCUUGCAGUGAUGGAUAUAGGAAAAGACAUAAGAAAGGAAGGCGUCGAUGUCCGUUGGGACGGCUGGAAUGAUAACCUGGCUGGAGUAAAGAUAUACGAAUGUGAAAUAUUCUUAGCAAUUUCACCGGAUGGGAAGAUUCUUGUCGAAAAUGCUAGUGCUUCAUAUAGGAUGAUAUUUAACAAAACAUCAGAGGAUGAACACGUUUGUAGUUUUACGCCCAAUAUAACAGGAACCUACUCCAUAAUUCUCACUGUUGAAGAUGACACAAGCCAUGGCGGCUCUGACGCAAAUUAUGAAAGCGCUCGUCGUUUGUUCAUAUAUGACCAGAAUAGUACAAUUGACAUUGUCAUGGAGAAACCCCUUAGACCCAUAUCAGCAUCGGGAAAUACAAGCUUUUUAUGGCAAACAAACUUACAAGAUAAACUCGGAAAUGGGCCUUGUGUUAAUUUUACUUGGAAGGAUAGGUUUAUUAAUCGCUAUCAUCAUACAAACAAAAUGCUUAAUGCAUUUGGUAACUUUAAAAACAUCACACCGGAAUAUGAUGAUUAUGAAGGCGAGCGAACCCUCGAGGAGAUCCCAAAUGCAAACGCAAUAGUGAUGUUCAACUAUACGUAUCUUCGAGACCGGAAGGGAGCAAACACACUUCCCAAGGUUCCGAUUGACACCAAUUGGUACACUGCUGAUAACGUGCGUCAAGAGGGGCAAGCUUUUAAUUUAGAAAGACAAGAUGAAGACCUGAUGCUCGCGAAUAAUGCUUUGGAAGGGCAUGUUCAUGCAGUGCAUAAUGAAACAGAUCUUUUCAAAUUACAGUUUACAUACAAGGCAUAUGAUCUACACAGUGGUCUUCAUUCAAUUCAUUGGGAGUUAUUUGAUAACCACACGGGAUCGAAACAAACACUUGGCCAAAACAACACUAAUGUCAUAAGAUAUAAUGACACAUCUCCGAGUGAUCACUACUGCGUACCAGCCGGACAGUGUUAUGGGAGCAGUUAUGCGUUCCAGCCAGACUAUAAACAUUUUAGAUUGCCAACGGGGACACAUGAUCACGAUUAUUACAUGAAACUUACAGUCACAAAUGUUGCACUUCUUGUAGAAACCCAUGAGCUCAAGAUAACGAUUGAUACAACACCGCCACAUCCAGGUGUUGUCCACGAUGGUCUACCUGGAACUCCAGAUGUUGACUUCCAACAAGACUUUUCUCUGCAUGCUCAUUGGUCAGAAUUCUUUGACAGGGAGAGUGGCGUUAAAUUCUACCAAUAUGCAUUUGGUAGAAAUUGUCUAGGGUUAGAUGCCUUUCAUCCAAACAAUGGAAUAAUGAUAACGAAAACAAUGAAUACUAUUGCCAACAUUAAUGUGACUCAGUAUGGAAAGUAUCACAUCACUGUUGUUGCAUAUAAUGGCGCAAUGUCUCCAUCAGUUCCUGUUUGUUCAACUGGCGUUACGAUAGAUAUUACUCCUCCUGUUUUACAUUCUAUUUUGGUGGAUCAUAUACAUACCAAACCUGGUUUAGUGUCACAUGGAAACGCAACGUGGAUUGUAAACGAACACGGCAACAAAAUUAAGAUGACCAAUACAACUUGCAGUGGCAUUGAAAUGACUGAUGUUACAAUAUUUCCCGAUGCUGGUCACCAAAGUGAAGAGGAUGAUGAAUGCAAACUUGGUCAAUUUAGCAACAGGUUCUAUCUUACACAGGAAAAACAGUUGAGUCUAACUUGGAUUGGAAUGGACAAUGAAUCUUAUAUAUUUGAUUAUGAAAUCGGACUGAGCAGUACUCCAUCAUCUAUGAAACCAGAUGUAAUGCCAUUUCAUUCAACAAAUCAAAGGGCAUCUUGGAGGCUGUACCACCCAGCAAUAUCAGAAGGGCAGUUAUUCUAUAUACUUGUGAAGGCAACUAAUAGAGCGAAAAUGAUAACCUUAAAGGUGUUUGGUCCAGUUAUUCUGGAUGUGACCGAACCUGUAUUUGACAGUGACAUUUUAAUCGAGGAAGAGAAAGGUUAUCUGAGAGUGGCAUGGGAUGAAUCUAAAGUGUAUGACAUGGAAGAUAAGGAACCACUUACAUUUCUAAUUGCAAUAGGUAGCGAUUAUUAUCACCAGGACAUUUUAUCGUAUCGAAAACUCACCUCUGGUCCAAGAUGCGAUUCCUCUCACCAGAACUGCACAGCUAUUCCGAUGAAUGAAUUGAACCUUCAUCCUUCACAACCGCAAGCCCUAGCAAUAUCAAUUUUAGUUAUUAACUCAGCGGGGUUAAGCACAGUUGCAAUGGCAAAACCGUACGUGGUCUACACAAAACUUCCAUCGCAGGGCAUGGUGAUAGAUGUUCUUCCAGAAAGUGAAAGAGAAGACACAGAGGGCCAUCUGGGCAAGGAUAUAAACUUUCAACUCACAACAUCUUCUAUCCGUGGUAAAUGGAGAGGUUUCGCUCAUCCGCAUCUCAAUGUUUCCUACCAUAUGGGAGUAGGCUCUGUGAGAGGCUAUGAUGACAUUGUUCCGUUUAUGGCGGUAGCUGGAACAGAAUUUGAGGUUACUCAGUUGGAAUUGGAAAUAUUCAAGACUUACUACAUUACAGUUAUUGCAGAGUCCAGCACAGGUUCAGUAAAUGCUACCUCAAAUGGAGUUACUGUUAUGGCCAAUAACCAUACAAUAGAUAUUUCAUUACAUGAUGGUUUUGGGUGUAAAGAUAAGAUAAUUACUGGCCACCCUAUUGUCCCCAUGAGAGUUUGCGAAAAUGAUGCGAUAUUUCAGUCAAGUCCAACCGAAUUAUCGGUUCACUGGGAGCUUGCAGAUAACACUCUCAGAUACCUAACGCAUGCUUUGUACAGAGCUGAAGAGUACAACAAAGGUUCUAGAGGUUGGAUGCCUAUAUUUCAAUACAGAGAUGUCAGACCCAUUCCAGAUCAUAUCGUCAUGGCCAAUCUUGAUUUAGAUCAAGGUUCAACUUAUCGUACAAUUGUUAAGUUUUGCACUCCAGCAUCAUGCUUUAAUCCAGUGGUAACAAAUGGUGUUACAGUUCACAGUACACCACCAAAGACUGGAAACAUUGACAUAGCUAUAAAUAAAACAUCAUUCGGAGAUGUAACUAUCAUUUUUGAAGAAUUUGAUCAAAAUUUGUAUGAAAACCAGACAACCAUGAAUUUCUACGAAUGGACGGCCUCGUUAGACGAUUUGGGAAAUAGUAUUGCACUCCCUUGGAAAGAAGUAAACCGCACGAGUUGUAAAGGACAUAUUUCGUUUAGUUUUCCAAUACCAACUUACAUUAUAUCAAACGACGCGGUGGUACAUAAGUGCUGGAAACUUUGUAUUCGUGGAUGGAGUCUUGCUGGUCUGUGGUCAGUAAAAUGCAAGCCAUUUAUUCCAUGCGAUACCUUAAUAAAAACGAGGAAAUCGGACGCAGUUGUACUUGAUCUUAGGGGGCCAGUUGUGUCAAAUGAUGACUACUUGAAGCACGGUGAUAUUGAUUACACAUCAAGUCAGAAUACACUAUCUGCGGCAUGGCCUUUUCUACAACAUGGUAAUUACGCAUGGGCUGUAAUAGAACGGGCAUCUGACUCAUCCGAUGACAACACACCCGUGAACAUAUGCGACGAUCCAGAAACAAUAGUAUGUGGGAGUACAAACGAGGAGUAUGUCAACGUAUUUAACCUCACCCUAGUUCAAGGAAGGAGAUACGUUGUAUGUGUAUCUGCUAACGAAACUUAUAUUCAACACGAACGAUUUGAAGCUCAUCAUGCUGCUGUGAAGACAUGUAGUGAUGGCGUUAUAGUAGAUACAACACCGCCCACAGCUGGAACAGUAAUACUUCACGCAGAAACAUAUGGAACUCAACAUUAUCAGGUUUCAAAGAGUGAACUAUUUGUCUCCUGGACUGACUUUGUAGAUGAGGAUGAGACAUCAAAAAACCAUCACUCUGGUAUUAAACUCUACCAGUAUGCAAUAGGAACUCAUCUGUUUGGCACAGACGUCGUCGAAUUUACUUCAGUUGGGAUAACAAACUAUCAUCGAAUUACUGGACUAAACCUGAAAGAUGGAGGAGAGUACUUCGUCACUAUAAAAGCCCUUAACCAUGUUGACCUCUCGAGUGAAGCAUGUAGUAGACCAAUAAUUGUUGAUGGAACCCCUCCAGACCUCACUAACAAGGCACACGUGCGACUUAAAAACCAAGUUACACAAGAACGUGAUCAAGUUGAUGCAAGUUGGUAUGGAGUAUUUGAAGAUAGAGACAGUGGAAUAUUACACUACACGUGGUCCAUAGGGACACAACCAGGGUUUGCAGAUAUCAGCGGGCUACAUCGGACAAAAUAUACAUCAAGCCGAACGAAGCCCAUAUCUGAGCCAUUGGGCCUGUUGGAUGGUCAUCCGUAUUUCGUGACUGUGAAAGCCUAUAACAAAGCAGGACUUCACACGGUGACCAGCUCUCAUGCAUUUGUGGUUGAUGGAUCUGUCCCGAUUGUUGGACAUAUCUAUGAUGGCAGACGCAACGAAACGGAUAAGCUUCAUAGAGAUUUAGAUUAUCAAGUUGACGGUUCUACAUUAUGUGCUCAUUGGAAAGGCUUCACUGAUCCACACACUGAAAUCAUUGAACACCUCUGGCAAGUAGGGACAUGUGAAGGAUGUGAUGACAUUGUUACACAACAUAGCAUUGGGUUGAAAACAGAAGUUUGUAUGGAUUAUCUGAGGCUGUCACAAGGGAAGACCUACUAUUCUACACUAACCGUGUGCAAUCAGGCUGGUCUAUGUGCAUCAUUAUCAACGGAUGGAGUGACUAUAGACAGUUCGCCACCAAUUGCAGGUGUAGUUGAAGACGGAACUCAAUCUAAAGAUAUACAAUUUCAGGCUUCAAGGACUUACAUAUCUGCACGUUGGACUGGUUUUCAUGACUCACACAGUGACAUUGCACGGUAUGAGGUGUUUGUUGGUACCUCUAUAUUGGGAGAUGAUAUUCUCGAACCUAAAGCAAUACAUUUGACAGAAACCAUUUUCGUUCCAUUGCAAACACCUCUGCCUCUUGGAAGAAAGAUUUACGUUACAGUGAGAGCAUACAAUUUUGCAGGUCUACAUGUAGAAGCCAGUAGCAACGGAUUCAUAAUUGACCAAACACCUCCCGAGGUCAUACAACCUGUAUCCUUUGGACAAUAUCACGGAUCGGCUCGUGAUAACAAACAGAUAUGGAAAAGCUCAAUGACUAUUACAUGGGAGAUUGAUGACAAGGAAUCUGGUUUAGAAAGACAGUAUGCCAGUGUUUUCACACACCGUGAUGGUGACCUAGGCAUUCCGACUGUGGAAGUUGGUUCACGCAAUCAUCAUACAUUCACGAAGUUGAACCUGGCUGAUGGUUCUGAAUAUUAUGUCACGGUUAUAGGAUGUAACAAAGCUCAGCUAUGUUCCAACACUACGUCCUCCAAGCUACUGGUUGAUUCCUCUAGACCAAGUGUUGGUACCUUUGCCAGCCUGACUAAUCAUGCUUCUGAUUUGGAUCGAUAUCGAGAUGGUUUCAUGACUUGGAAUGCCACUGUGAUGACCUUGCAAUGGCUAGGAUUUACUGAUCAUCACUCGGGAAUAUCACAUUAUUUCAUUACAGCUGGAAACACAUUCGCUGGACAUGAAUAUACACAAAAUUCCCCAAUUCUGAUCGCACACAAUGCCAAGGGAACAAAACUCGAGGAGGGUGUUAUACAACAUGGUUACAUACCAACUAAUGGCAACCUAAAACCAAACUCGAAGGUCUUUAUCAAACUAUGGGCGAUUAAUGGAGUUGGUCUACCAAGUUUAGUGGUUCACAGUGCAUUUGAUGUCAUACUGGUCUCUGCCAGUGGCGGUGUAUUAGUAAUUGUCAGGCGAUGCAGCACAUAUAGUUGUGAGGGAAACUGUGUGUGUGCCCCACAAGAUCAGCUUUGUGAAAAAUCAGAUAACUGUAAAGUAAUACAACCCAAUGAAUAUCUGAGCAUCGAGGUUAACGAUACACAAGAUAUUAGGAGACUGGAACAGUCAUGUGAAUUCUCGGAUGACAUGGACUUUACCCAUUCGGACUGUUUGUUGGCAGCUACUUGGAACGUUAUCGGAUCAAAUGAAAAAGUUGUACAACGGUAUGAAUACUCUGCUGGAAAGAAUGGUAGUUAUUCUGGAAGUGGAGUAUUCAAUACACAAACUGACAGGGUCUGGUUUGAAGCUGGCUUCCAUAAUCACGCAGUAGUCACACCAACGAGAAGAUUACAACAUGGUGAUACGUAUGUGUUCUAUGUUCGGGCCUGGUAUGACAAUGACACAUAUACUGUGUUUUCAUCUGAUGGAAUAACAAUUGAUAUCACUCCUCCACGUGUCAGUAAAAUGAGACAGGUUGAUGAAAGUGAUGAUCAUAAUGUUCCAUUCGACAAGGAUUACACAAGGAGCCUGGACAACAUAAGUGUAAAAUGGACUGGAGUGUUCUCUGAUUUUGAAUCUGGUAUAUCACAUUAUAUGUUAGGAAUAGGAACACAUAUACAGGUGGAUGAUUCUUACACAUUUACAAAGUACAAUACAACAAUAGCACAUCUGAAAAAGCUAUCAUUAGUGGCAGGACAGAAAUAUUUCACAACAGUUAUUGCUGUCGCUAACAAUGGUCUGGAGUCAUCAAAGGCUUCAGAUGGAUUCAUUGUGGAUGUGGAGCCGCCAACUUCAGGAAUAGUGAUAGAUGGAAGGUUCUUACAUGAUAGUGACUAUACAAAUCGAACAACGAUACUACAUGCACAGUGGCAUGGGUUUUAUGACAGACAUAGUGGUAUAGGUUACUACAUUGUAUGUGUGGGAACAACAGAAAAUAUCUCGCAUUGUGAUAUUUUCCAAGGCCAGUCAGUGGGAUUGCAAACAUCCAUUACCAUUGUUCCAAAACAACCAUUGAAGCAUGGAAUGCGUUACUUUACUAAAGUUCAGGCUAUUGAUGCUGCAGGUCUUGCAUCAAAAAUCAUAUCUUCAGAUGGCAUAUGUGUUGACACAACCCCUCCAGACAUUAUGCAUACCGAUGCUGUAAGCCGCAAUUUGCUCGGAAACCCAUCAUUUGAAAAGGACACUCCUGCAGUAGAUAUUAAUGAUUACCACCUUUGGUACAAUGCAACCAUCCGUUCACCAAAAUACUGGGAUACUAAAAGGGGAACUCGUGUCAUAAUAGUCAACAGUAAAGAUGGUGAGAUGAAAGAUGGUGACCAAGCUUGUAUGCUGUUUGGAAGCUUGAUUCAACAAUUUCAAACUAUUCCAGGGGUUACUUAUAGUCUAAGAUUCUUCGUAAGUCAUGCUCCAGACCCUUCUUUACUUUACACAACAGAAACUGGACGUGUCCGUGUUGCAGGGAAAGAUCAAAUAUUAAGUAUAUACCCACGCCAGGAAUUACCACCUCUCCACAAUGGCCAUCCUAAUAUGAAUAUACAAAUAGGUUCAUUAGUCGCAUGGCAUAAACAUUUAGUUCCAUUCAUAGCCAUUGAAUCAACGUCGACAUUAACCAUUGAGACGCUGGACUUUAACUCUGGUUUCUUAAUCGAUGAUGUCAUAAUCGAACAGUUAGCUCAUAAUGAUACAGAAGGUGAUAUAGAAGUAACUUACCAACAAGCUGGAGAGUGGUCAUCCAUACAAGCUAGUUGGCAGGUUCUUGAUAUGGAAAGUAACAUAGCGGAGGUAUCUUGGGCUAUAGGUCUAGUGAGAGGCGGAAUACAACUUCAACCAUAUAAAUCUGUUGGUAAACAAUCGCAUGGCAUUAAUACAAAACUCCAUCUUAUGGAAGGCAUGACUGUACAUGUUACACUUAUGGUUCGUAACAAUGCAGAUCUUGCAAGAGUGAUAUAUAGUGAGCCCUUGGUCAUUGACCACACUGCACCAGUCAUCGAAUAUGUAUGGGAUGGUAAGAAGUCGGACGGAGCAUAUCAGGCAGGGGUUGAACUUACAGUAACGUGGAAAGUGGAAGACAAAGAAACACCGGUCAGUCAUUGCCAGGUAGCAUUUGGUUAUGUCCGAGGAUUGGAUGAUAUAUACAAAUUUACAAACGUUCAACCAGUACUGGAGACUCCGAUGACAUUCUCAACGAGGAACUUUACGUCUUUAAAACAUGGAACAAUUAUAUACGCUACUGUACGAUGUUUUAACAAUCUUGGGUUAUGGAGCGAACAGUCGUCAAACGGCGUUACUAUCCUCAAAACUCCAUCAAAUGUCCAGGAUGCAUUUGUUGAUAUUCUAUCAAACAGAAUAUCACAGUUUCAAUGCCAUGAGGGAUUUCAUAAUGAUCUGGAGACGUUGCGUAUAAAGUGGACUGGCGUUCAGUCCCAGUCAAACUACAUACAUCAUUACGAGGUACACAUUGUUGAUAAAUAUGAUAACGAUAGGAACCAAGUAUAUACAAUAGGACAAGACGGUCGACAACAGGGGCAACUUGAUUCUUUGCAGUUUCAACAGAAUAAACGAUAUAAGGUUAAAAUUCUAGCCGUUGACCACUUAGGAGUUAACAGCGAAGAUUUCUGUACAAUGUUUGUCAUUGAAGCGCAUCGUCCAAACAAAACAGGUGUCGCCAUGACUCACACUUGGAUGACUGACGCAAGUGUAAGACUACUUUGGAGCAACGCAUUUAUAUCAUCCAGUGAGCUUUACUAUGAGGUCACUGUAGGCACGAAACCGGGUGGAACAAACGUCAUGAAGUGGUUCGAAACAAAAGCGACAUCCAUAACACUCAACGAUGUAGACAAUUCACUCGAACACUAUCUGACUGUAACUGCCAUAAACAAAGCAGGAUUUCACACAUCAGAGUCGUAUCAAUUUAGCUUUGAUCCUAAUCAACCCUAAUGGGCUAGAAUGUAUAAUUAUACACUUUGGUGACGAAUAAAACUUUCAGUAAAAAUG